AUGCUCGGAACGGCCGCCUUUGACCACCUGCGCACGGAGCAGCAGCUAGGCGGCCGCCUUACAGCUGACGCUACGUGGUUGGACUCUCAGCAGGUGAUGAUGCAGGUGAACUUGGUGUGGGGUGGCAUGGGCAUACAGUCCAACAUCUUGUACGUGAAGGCGCUGGUUCAGGGAAGCAAGGUGAAUGCCGACGAAGCGGAGGCGGCAAUCGAAGGUCUCUUCACCCAGAUCAUGCCCAGCAUCCUCAGCAACAUGACCACCAAGGACUUCAACAGCCAGGUGGAUGCCUACCGACAGCAGCUCCUCGAGCCCCCGCUGGGCGCGUCUGAAGAAGUGGGGCACUUCUGGAGCCACAUCGUGCAAGGUGGCCAGUGUAUGAACCUCCUAGACGAGGCGCUGCAGUUCCUGAACAGCGAGCGAUGCAACAAAGAGUUGCUCGCCGAGACCUGGAACAAGCUCGUUUUCGGCAAGCUCCCUGGGGAGGACGGGCAAGCUCCAGCUCCUUACCGGAAGAAGCUGACAGCAGCACGCCUAGUGGAAGAGCCUCAGGACUACGUGGACGUGCUUGCGUCCCACCGCGGAGGGUUCAGCUUUGAGAACUGCAAGAGGAAUGCGUACUUGGCAGCUCAGGCCGGAAUCAAGCCGCCCACCGCCAUGAAGUCCGGCACCACGAUUUGUGGCAUUGUUGUGAAGGAUGCAGUCAUCUUAGCCGCCGACACCCGAGCCACAAACGGCCCCAUGGUCGCGGACAAGAACUGUGAGAAGCUACACUACAUCGCGAAGAACAUCUUCUGCGCAGGCGCAGGCACUGCUGCAGACCUUCAGCACACCACGGAGAUGAUGGAGUCGCAGAUCGAGUUGCUUCGCAUGGCCACUGGCACCCAGCCUCGAGUGUGCACAGUUGUGAAGCGACUGAGUUCCAUGCUCUUCAAGUACCAGGGCUACAUCGGAUGCGCCCUAGUCCUCGGAGGAUUUGAUGUGACUGGGCCCCACCUGUACCAGAUCUACCCUCAUGGCUCCACGGACAAGCUUCCCUUCACCACAAUGGGUAGUGGCUCCUUGGCUGCCAUGGCCAUCAUGGAAGCCGAGUACAAUGAGAACCUGAGCAUCGAGGAUGGCAAGAAACUCGUAGCCAAAGCAAUUCGAGGGGGCAUCUUCAAUGACCUGGGCUCUGGUGGCAAUGUGGACGUGUGCGUGAUCACAAAGGACGCUGGCGGCACCAUUCUCAGGAACUACGAGAAGCCCAACGAGCGCAAGUUCCGGGCUCAGCACAAAGCAUUCCCGAUCGGCACCACACCAGUGCUGAAGGAGGAGAUCAUGAAGCUGGUCUCGGUCGAGGAGGAUGUUGUCAUGCGCUGGGGGUGCGUGUCACUGCCUUCACUCAUGCCCCAUGCCUCUGCCGUUGAUCAGGCACGCAAGAUCUGGCACAAGCAUGGUGUGGCGCCAUCCGCCAUGGCACUUCUCGAGACUGAGUGGAAGAAAGCCAAGGUGGUACCGGCCGCCGACUCGAAGGUCCGAGCCGAGUUGCUUCAGGAGGGUGGCUACUUCCCCACCGACCUCAACUGUGGCUCACAGCGCGGCAUCGCCGACUGCAGAGGCCAUCAUGCGGCAAUCGACUGCAGGUGCCAUGCUGCACAUGCAAUCUCCCACGAGGGCCUUCAGGAAGCCUCGCGCGGCCCAUGGCCUCUCGUAAACAUGGGUGCAGAGCUCACUCAAGUUGAGUUCCUCCUUGUCGUGGUCCUUAACUUGAAAGCCAGAGGCCUAGCCCGCAGGGUCGAGGAUGACCUGGAAGGCUUGUUGCCUGAGGAGCUGGGUGCUACCUGUGCCCGGGUGUGGAAGGACUUUGACCUCAUUCGCAGCGACGAUCAUCAUCUGAAUCAGGUGUACUGCCCUGUGGAGGAAGCCAUCCCGCAGGUAGCAACAGCACUGCGAACUUGCAUCGAAGCGGCAGACCAGCAGAAGUUUUUUCUUGCGACGCUUGCGGCCGACGACCCAGCUGAGAUGGUCGCCCGAGCCAAAUUCGUCUUGGAGUCGUUCGGCCCGCUGGCUCCCAACUGCGGCUUCCAGUUGGCCGGAGCUCCCGGAGGCCUUGGCACGCUCACGGCGCUGAGGCGCGCCUUUCCGUCACAGUUCCUCCACUAUCACGCAGCAGGAUCAGUGGCUGCCCAAAGUCUCCAGACCAGGCGUGGCUACUCUGCCUUUGUGCACAGCAAGCUGUCGCGCAUUCUUGGCGCGAGCUCUGCUCUGGUGGCCAUCGACCUCAAGGCCUCCUCCGUCGCCUCCUUGCUGGAUCCGGGUCCGAAGGAGGCACUCCGCAAGGUGGUCUCGGCCCUCUGCGAUGAUGACAGCCGCGGCAUGCACUUUCAGCAGCAAUGGGAGGCCAUGAAGCAGGCGCUGCCGGUCAUCUCCGGAGAUCUGCACGCGCUUCACCUGCCAUUCUUGUUCGCGGCUUUGGGCCACUCGGACGUGCUCCUGACGCCCACGGUCUCGGCGUCAAAGAAAGAUACGAGCCCAGGCCAGGCACAGCGGUCGGGGUAG